AUGGAUUUCUCGUUGGUUUUGUUCGUCUCUCUAUGGUUAUUUCGCUACGUUCGAUUGAUAGUCAACUGCAUCUCACAUUGGACCUACCGGCCUGUUCCCCUACCCGAGAACCCAACAUACACCUCCCAGGAUGUCACCAUCAUCCUGCCGACCAUUGCCCAGGGGGGUGAUGAGCUGGAGACCACCCUCAAGACCUGCCUCAAGGCCGAGCCCUUUGAGUUGAUCCUGGUCACCAUCGAUGCCAAUGUCGACCAUCUGACCAAGUUGGCAAACAAAAUCAACGCCAAGAAGAUCCGCGUCUUGAGCAUCCGGCAGGCGAACAAACGCAGGCAAAUGUGCAGGGCGAUACCGGAAGUGCAGACGAGAAUCACCGUCUUUGUGGAUGAUGAUGUGAUGUGGCCUGCCAAGGUCCUUCAAUGGAUGCUGGCGCCUUUCGAGGACCCCAAGACGGGCGGCGUGGGAACGUCGCAGAGAUUGAGAAGGCCCAAGACCAUGAGCCCGUGGAGCUUUUUAGGUGCCGCCUAUCUCGAACGCCGCAACUUUGACUGCUCGGCAUGUCUGCACAUCGACGGCGGACUGCCCUGCCUUUCCGGUCGUACCGUGGCUUACCGGAGCUGCAUCCUCCAGGAGGAUGCCUUUACGCAUGACUUUACCAACGAAACUUGGGGAACAUGCCAACUAAACGCCGACGAUGAUAACUUCAUCACGCGGUGGCUCUAUCUUAACAAUUGGAACAUUCGCAUGCAAUAUCACAAGGAGGCCGAGGUCCAGACCACUCUUGAAGAUGGUCCCAAAUAUCUCAGUCAGUGCCUGCGCUGGGUGCGAAGUAACUGGCGCAGCAACCUCACAUCCAUGUUUGUCGAGCGUCAUUACUGGUGGACCCAGCCAUGGAGCACCUACUCCGUCCUGCAAACCACCAUCACAGCAUGGGCGUUGCCGUGGGACGCUGCAAUGUUCUCCUUUGCAUACUGCCAGUUCAAAGACUGGCCGCAGUUUCAUGCGAUUCUCACCGCAUUAGCCYUGUGGACAUUUGUGUUCAGCAAGACUGUGAAGCUUUGGGGUCAUUACGCGAGAUACCCCGAGGACGUGCGAUUCAUCCCUCUGUACAUUGCAUUCGGAUACCUCCAUAGCGGAAUCAAGCUAUGGGGUAUGUGCACUCUGAAGGAGACCACAUGGGGAAGCAGAGACGGCGCCGACACAGAUGACGGCAUCCGUAUGAUGAAGCUUCCACCCUAUGGCGCGAGCCCUCCCUCGGAAAAGCACGACGGACGAAAGUCCGAGACGUUUGAGUACGCACGGGAGAUGCAGGUGGCCGACCAGCUACCUGCCUACGAGACGCACCGAAAACACCAAACGAUUCCAUUAUUGAUGACAUCCUAUAACGACUGA